AUGGCAUCAACAGGAAGCGCAUCAGCACCAGUCAAGACAUUGGCCGCUGUAGCAUCCCAGGCCCAACAAGCAUCGUUAGCCAGCUCCACUCCCACUCAACUGCAUCAACCAGGCCCAAAUGUCGACCACAUCAAAAUAGACUCACAAUUAUUGCAAACAGUCCCCAUACAUACCGUACAAUUGGAUGCUCUCGUUGUCAUGAAAAUUAUAAAACACUGUAGAGAACUAGCGCCUACCCCCGUCACAGGUCAAUUACUAGGGAUUGAUGUAGCAGGUGUAUUGCAAGUCACAAACUGUUUUCCAUUCACUGUCGUUUCUCCCGGUGACGAUGGAGGAGAUGCAUAUGGGGGAUCAGCCAAUGAGCCUGAUGAUGCUAAAUAUCAGUUAUCCAUGCUACGAUGUCUCCGUCAGUUGAACUACGAUGUACAGAUGGUUGGAUGGUACAAGUCUGCUGAUUUGGGAUCAUUCUGGAGUCAGUCGUUUAUUGAUACCCAAUUCCAGUAUCAGCGCGACUUUGCACAGUCGGUUGUUAUAGUAUAUGAUACAGCUAGGUCGUCACAGGGUAACUUGUCGCUAAAGGCACUACGAUUGAGCAACACGUUUAUGGAAUUGUAUCGUCAUCGUCGCUUUACUAUGGAGUCUCUCAUCAACAACAAGCUGACUCCAUCAUCCGUUAUUGAAUAUCUACCCGUAAAAAUCCACAACUCGCAUUUAUUGACUGCCUUGCUCUACCAACUCGAAGAAAGUGCAGCCUAUCCAUCUAGCGUGUCCACAUCAUUGUCUCUCCCAACAUCAUCAUUCGAGACUCGAAUCCCAACAGCCCAAGGACCAUUCACCCCCAACUUUGAUAAUCUAGAUCUAGGUUCUGAAUCAUAUCUCGAAAAGCAUUUAGAAUAUUUAGGUGAAACCGUCGAAGACCAUGGCCAAGAACAAUGGAGAUGGCAAGGCUGGUCUCGUAACUUUGCCAAAGAACAAUCCAAAGUCACACAAAAUGUAGCUAGGAAACGAGCUGAAAAUGCUACUCGGAUUGCUGGUGGUCAAGCGCCAGUCCAUACUGAGGAGGAAAUCCUGGCAGCUCAGAUACCUCUACAAAAGAUUGCUGCCAAUGAACCUAGUCGCUUGGAAACUCUUGUGUUGACAAACCAGAUUGAUACUUACACUCAGCAGCUUAGCCAAAAUGGUGCAGCUUCUCUCAGCAAGAUGUUUCUUGUCAAAGCUCUUAGAUAA